GGCGCCGGGGCUGGGCUGGCGAGGGGCUGCGGGUUGGGAUUGAGGGGCACCAGAAGAGCCGAGGGCAGCCCAGAGUAGAGAUAAAUAUCAUGGCCCGGGGGGUCAGGAUUGAGGGGCACUGACAAAAUCCAUCAGAAAUCCCCCACCCCUCCAAAGUUAGCAGCAGCCCAGGCUCUUCCUUCCAGCCCACUCAGCUCACACCCUGGGUGCUCUCCCCUUUUAACCUCUCAGCACCUGCUCUCUUCCUCUGCUCCAGCUGGACGAACGGGGCGGCCAGGCCUGCGCUCCCGUCCUGCCGCCCUGUCUCGCUGCCGGCAGCCGUCUCUGUCCCUGAGACCCUUAACCUGUGAGGGCAGCGCAGAAUUCACAGUUCCCUACCAGGUGGCCAUGCCAGAGGCUGUGGCGCGGAUCCAGCCAGAGCUGGCUCAGCUGAAACCAGCUCCUGCCUGCGUCCCGCCGUGCGGGUACCAGAAAGACGCCCAGGUCUACAAAUGCGCCUCGUGCAGCCGAGUGGAGUGUCAGCUCCCCCUGGACUGUCCAGUGGAGGACAUCUGGAAGAACGAGGGGGAGAGGACGGCUCUGACAUGCAGGGUCCCGUUCCAGACCCCCCCUGACGUCCAGUACAGCUGGAAGUUUGUCAAGGACCUCCGGACUCGAGAUCUCUCCCUCUUCCGGGACCUGCACCCAGGUGCCAGCUCCUCCAUCGUCCUCCGCCCCACGCGGGGCUCGCACCGCGGCACCUACGCCUGCCAGCUAGCCCAGGAUGACGACGUGCUAGCCCGGAACUACUUCUACCUCAAUGUGACUGCCAGCAGCCAGGGGGCAGAGACAGAGCUGCAGGACAUGUUCCGCGCCAUCCUGCAGUCCCCAGUGGGGCGCAGGGCUGAGGGCCGACUUCCUGGGCUCUCGGAGUUGCUGGCUGAACCCGACUCGCUGCACAGGAGGAAUGUGGUGCUGCUGAUGGUGGGGCUGGCGCUGAGCGCCCUGCUGGGCACCCUGCUGCUGGGGGGCGUCUGUCGCUGGGCCAUGGGCCAGCCCUGAUGCACCCGGCCUGGGCCCUGGACUCGCCUCUGCUUCGGCGCCCCGGGACUGGCACCAUCAAUUCUCUAUCAGAAUAAACCCAACUUCCAGCCUGA